CACACAGUUCGAUAGUCCCUCGUCCAGAAAUGAUCAACGCGAUUCUUGUGCUCUGUCUGCUGGGCAGUUGGCCACUGGCGGCGAUGGCCCAAGGCCAGAAGGUGGACAAGGAUCCACAGCCGGUGGCCAAGGAUCCGGCGACCCGUUUGGCCGGCAUCUACGUGAAGGAUGGCAAUGCGAACGGCCAGCUGAGGUUCCUGGCAUCCGGACUAAAUAGUGGCAGCAGUAGCAGUAGCAGCAGCUCCAACUCUGGCCUCAACUCGGCCCUGAAUCAGUACAUAAACAACAAGCAGGACAUGCUGGAGCAACUGCGUCCGUCGGCGGGAACGGGAACGGGAACUGGGACGUCAACGAGCACGGGAACGGGAACGGGAACGAGCUCGGUCACGGGAACUUCGGGUACGGGUACUGGAAGCGGUUUGGUGACGACCACUGCGAACGGAGCCAUCUAUGUGCACCUGGGCAACUCGGGAUCCUCGUCGUCGGGAUCCACCUCAUCGGGAUCCUCCUCGUCGUCCAGCACCAAUGCGGCCAUCAACCAGGUGAUCUAUGGAUCGUCGCCGAUCGCCAGUCUUUUGCCGCAGAUCGUUGGUCAGGCGGUUUCCACUCGAGUGCGUCCUGGUCAGAACAAUAACAACAUUAGGAGGCGUGUCCCCGCCCGCAGGCGUCGGGUCAACAAGAGGCGUGGCAGCAUUAACAACAACAAUCAGCGUCGUCGGCGGCGUGGCAACAAGCGGGGCAAGAACAAGGCCCAAGUGAUGGUUGUUCGCCCGAAUCGCGGUUGAAACACACACACACACACACACACACACACACACACACACACACACACAAGAAACACAUUCCCUUAGUUAAGCAAAAUUAUAACUUUUUUUUUCGAAGGCCCAGCUAUUUUUUUUUUUAUAAUGAUUACUAUUAGUAUGCGAGAAGGCAACUUAAUUUAUUUAUUUAAAUAAUUGAAAGCAAUUACACUGUGCAA